AUGCCCCUCUUCAAUAGCAAGAGAAAGAAAUCGUCUAAAACUCUUACACGCGCUGCCCCUGCCCCUGCCCCUGCCCCUGCCCGUUCUGAGGAGCUUCUGGCUCACUCCGCCCUCGCUCCACCGGACCGCAGCAGCUCCAUUCAGGACGCAUACUCCGACCGCCGCUUCUCAGACCAUCGUUUCGCCCAGGAAUCGGCCCCAAACAAUCCAACCUUCACCCACCCGCCCGGACCGAGUCCGUCCUCCGUGCGCCGAUCACAGAGCCAACGGCAGCCCCAUUCACAGCAACGCGUCCGAGCGACCGUCAGUGUUGUCCCCCCUGAGGAUCCGCAGCCUCGUCGGUUAAGAACGAACUUGUUUGUGCGUCCUUCGUCCGGGCUACUAGAGCGCAGUGUUUCUGUCAAGGGGAAAAACAUCUCUCAUCCAAUCUCUCAGCCAACCUCACCGCGGUUCCACGCCUUGAACGAAGCGGACCAGCAUCGCAUUCACCCCGCUUCCUCCGAGGGGCAAUCCCCGAAUACUCCACAUGAACCGCGCCCAGCCUCGCUAGCCUCCGAACAGCAACAUUUGCAGCAUUCGCAGCGAUUGUCGCGUGAGAACCUCGAGUGGUCUCAGCAGCUGUCGGCUCACAGCCUGCAACAAGAAUACGCUGCACCCUUACCGUUUGGGCGCUCCAGUACAGACUUGAGCUUCCUCGAGAGAUCCAGUCGACCGUCGCCCUCCGAACCCCCACCGGAAUCGCCCCGUUACCCAGAACAGGGCCAUCGGGGGCAAUCUCAUUCACGAACCCAGCAGGAUCUGGGGCUGAGUGCUCGGCCCCCUUCCCGGCAGACCUACGAGCCACCCUCACCGGCCCGUCGGAACGAACACGACACCAUGCAGCAAGCGCAGCAAGCGCAGCAAACUCAGGCCCAACAGGCACAGAAAGAGUGGUCAUCGGGCCAGGACGGCAGUCGACAGGGUAGCGCGACCCAGCCAGUGCCAAUGCCAGUGCCAGUGGCGGAGGGACGAAACACCCCUACACCGAGUCGAGUACGCGAGGAUCCUGAGAACAUUGACGUUCGUGCAUUGAUUCAGAAACAUGAAGAGCUCCAAUCGAAAUACUCCAAAGUGAAGCGAUACUACUUUGACAAGGAAGCCCAAGUGCAGCACCUCCAGAAUACCGUGGCACAUCAGCGCAUGGCUGUGUCCCGCACAAUACUCGACGACAAUGAAUAUGCGAACCGCUUCCAACGGCUGGACGGAGCCAUCAAGGACCUGGCCUUCUCAGUGCGCAAGGACUGGCUUGGGAUCCCGUCAUGGCUGCACGGCUUCGUGACCGAUGAGGCAAUCAAAAAACCAACAAAGGAAAUGACUAGUGUAGGACGGGCCGUAAUCAGUCGGUGGUUGGCGGAAGAGGUCUUCCAAAAACACUUCCACCCAGGGCUGGAAACAGGUCUCAGUCUACAACUAAAGAGCAUCGAGAUGAACCUCCGCCGGCAACAAAUGCGACCUGCCACCGAUGAAGACCGCGAGAACGCUAUUGCUCGACUGUCUAAUUGGCGUCGCACAACCUUUGACGGACUGGGCGAUAUGCUUGCAGACGCCGUUGCUCAGACGCACCGCGCAGAGCUGAUCGAGCAUUUGGCUGUAGAGCUGGCCUCCUUCCUCAGCUCGCAGUUGCGUGAGACAGCGCUGCCGGGUCUGGAGGCGGGCGUGCGGAUGAUCAUCGAGAACACCAUCAAUAUCGCCGAGAAGAUUCCGCUGGAAGCCCGAGACGUUUGCGUGGAUUACUUCCCUCCUAACACCACCUUUGUCGAGGGGUAUAUGAAAGUUGAAGGACAGCUGCCGCCGCUUAGUCGCCAACCUCCUCCGCCGACUGAUCAAGAGCCCGACGAGGCGGUCGGAAUUGAAAGCGACUCCUCGCCCGUAUCGAACUCGACUGGAGGCGGCGAUGGCACGGCGCCCGCGCCCCGCGAACCUAAGAAGAAGUCCAUGUUUGGCGUAAUAAUUAGCCGCAAAGCUGGCAAUGAGCCUCGUCCCGCCGCAAGUCACGUACCCGCCGCAAGCCACAUACACGAAGAGAAGAGCGAACCAGUCGAAGGUCCAGCACGAAUCAGAUUCUCUUCUUUCCUGACCGUCGAAGUCCGCGGCAAGGGACCGGCAAUGGUCCUCGUCAAGGCACCGGUGUGGAUGAUAGAGUAG